AUGGCCACACAAGUCGACUACCCUCCUUCAUCUUCCCGCCAAGGCGGUUCCCACGCAGCGAUUGACACCAGAUUACCCACGGAUAAGAAAGGAAAGGCCGUAGCCAAGACCAAGGAAACCGAUGCGACGGUAGGAAACGAGCCCAGCGGCAUCGAGGAGACACGAAAGGACAAGCUUGUUCGAAAAGAAGUCGACGCUGAAGGCGAUCCUAACAACGAUGUUCGAUCGGUCUCGCGUCGUGACAAUGCUUCUUCUCAUCACUCACAAGAUGAGGAGGAUUCUUUUGCAAGCUCGGGAGACUCUGAUUCUGAAGCUGAUCCUAACGAGGACGAAUCAUCAAUCCAGGUGAGGAAGGAAGCAAAACGAAUCAGGAAGGCUGAGCUCUAUAAAAACCCCGAGGCGAAAAAGGAACAUAGAGCUAAGACAAAAGCACGCAGAGAUGCGAAGGAUCAACAAAGAAAGGUACAAAUCGAGAAUGAAGGGAUGCGCGGUUACACUGAGGCACGCAAGGCACGCAAGCCACCGCCUCCACUCCCGGCAGAAGUACAGAAGGUCUGGAAGGGUCUGUAUCCUAUGGUGAAAUCCUGGUGGCUAAGGGACAGGAACAGUGAAAGGAUUCCUGAUAGUCACCAGAAGGCAUUCAAUCAGGCUAAUGGGAAGAUUAGAAAGUACAUCGAAGGCGUCAUAUCGUCACCUGGACAAAAGAAAGCCGCUGAGCUCUUCAUGGCUCAGUGGCCUAAGAAGAAACUACGUGAGAGGCGAGCUUUUGUCGCUUAG